CGUUUGCCGUCUGGUCUAGUUUAUGAUCAAACUGUCAAGCAGCAAUUUAGUAUUUAAUGACCUUUAAAAUCAUAAUAUUGUAAUAAAAUGGCAACGAAUUUGCCUACAGGACUCAUUUCUCAUACUAGAAAAGUCCAAAGUUUGUACAAAAGAGCCCUUCGCUUGCUAGAGAGCUGGUACGAUAGGAGAGAUGUCUACAGAUAUCACGCUGUGCUUAUGAGACAACGGUUUGACGAGAAUAAAUGUAUUCAAGAUCAGAGAGUUGCCAAAGAGUUUAUCCGUAAAGGGGAAGAAGAAUUGUUCGAUAAUCAACAUUGGCACCCAAGAAAAUUCCCAGAAUCACCGGGAGGAGUUGCCUAUGGUAGAGAAGUGAUUCCACCAGACUGGGUGCUUGAUCACUGGCACCCCUUAGAGAAGGCACAGUACCCUGAUUACUUUGCUCGUCGUGAACAAAGAAAGAAAGAGUUUGUUAAAAUGUGGGAGAAAAAGUACGGAAAAUCUGCAUAUGUUCCACACCAUUAAAUGUGUAAAUUUUGUUAAUAAAUAGAAUAGUGUAGUAACCAUUUUGUCUGUAAAUAAAAACAUAAAAGAAAA